CAUUAGCAGCUAGGCUAGAGCUGCUCAGGAGCUAGAAGUGACACACGGCUGUUGUUGAAGUUUGUUUAUAAAACAGGCAGAAAAGUGCACUGAUAUGAAAAUAAGUUCUAGUAAUUUUGAGACAGGUACUUUUAAAUUUAUAUAAUGUACUUGUACUGAGUGUCGACUUGCUAGCCUGCUAGCCGCAGCAGUUGGAACUUGUGCAACGCGCUUAUAGUUGUGAACACUGACAAGUGUGGACGGACUGAGCUACAGGUGUUUGGGAACAGAAGCUCUGAGCCACACACUGAGGAGUCAUGAGCUUUUUCGGCUUUGGUCAGAGUGCAGAUCUGGACAUUGUGCUGAAUGAUUCAGAGACCAGAAAGAAAGCAGAACACAAGAGUGAAGAUGGAAAACAGGAGAAAUACUUUCUGUUUUUUGAUGGCGAGACAGUGAGCGGAAAACUGAAUGUCACUCUUAAAAAUCCAGGGAAAAGACUGGAACAUUAUGGAAUCAAGAUCGAGUUCAUCGGUCUGAUCGAGCUGUACUAUGACAGAGGGAACCACCAUGAGUUUGUCUCACUUGUUAAAGAUCUCGCCCGACCUGGGGAACUUUCCAACUCGCAGUCAUUUGACUUUGAGUUCUCCCACGUGGAAAAGCCGUACGAGUCGUACACGGGCCAGAACGUGAAGCUAAGAUACUUCCUUCGUGCGACUGUAAGCCGGAGACUGAACGACAUCACCAAGGAAAUGGACAUUGUGGUGCACACGCUUUGUACCUACCCAGAGUUGAACUCUUCCAUCAGGAUGGAGGUUGGCAUUGAGGACUGUCUGCAUAUUGAGUUUGAGUAUAACAAAUCAAAAUAUCACCUGAAGGACGUCAUUGUGGGAAAGAUCUACUUCCUGCUUGUGAGGAUCAAAAUAAAGCACAUGGAGAUCGACAUCAUAAAACGAGAGACAACAGGCACCGGACCCAGUGUGUACCAUGAAAAUGACAUCAUUGCCAAAUAUGAAAUAAUGGAUGGAGCACCAGUGAAAGGUGAAUCAAUCCCAAUCCGGUUAUUUCUUGCUGGCUAUGACCUAACUCCAACCAUGAAGGACAUCAACAAGAAGUACUCUGUGCGAUACUACCUAAACCUAGUACUGAUAGAUGAGGAGGAGCGGCGCUAUUUUAAACAGCAGGAAAUAACACUGUGGAGAAAAGGAGACAUUGUGAAGAGGAGCAUGUCCCAGCAGGCUGCCAUUGCUUCCCAAAGAUUUGAGGGCUCAAACAGUAGAACCGUCAGUGCAAGUGAAAAGAGUGAUAGUUAAGGAGACGGUCUGAGAGGCAGAACACCUCUCAACCAUGUCUGAUGAAAUGCGUCAUCUUUUAUAUGAUACGUAUAAGCUGAAUGAUACGUCUGUUUAGGAGUCGGAGACCGAGUAAAGACUUUAGCAUUGAUGAUCCAGGUGCUCAAUUGUUAAAUAUGUACAAGUUGUUGAUUCUGUUUUUAUACAACCUAAUCCAGCUUUCUUGUUAAAUGAAUCAAACUUUUCUACUAAAUUGAUAUAAGCAUUUAUAUAAAUCAUCUAUCACAGUCUAUUUUAAAACAUUCCUAUUUUUAUGAUCAAAUUACUACUAAUUGUUUAUGUGUUUUGGUACAUGAGCCUAAAGUAAACACUGGGAGAUUUGUAUUUUGCUCUGGCAUUGAUUGUCUCUUUAUUUGCAUUCUUUAAGUAGAUGUAUGCACAGUAUUAUUCUGUAAUAGGGGGUGUAGAAUGUAUAAAAAUGCUCUAUAGACUCAUGAAAAGGAAUAAUAAAAUGGCUAUUCUUGUUUUCA